AUGUCAGACCAAUCAACGGAAUAUACAUUGCCUGGCGUGCUGCACUAUCUGCAAGCAGAAUGGAGAAAGUUUGAGCGUGAAAAGAACGAAUGGAUGAUUGAGAGAGCUGAACUAAAGGCUCGCAUUGCCCUGCUAGAAGGAGAGAGGAGAGGUGUUGAAAAUAUAAAGCUGACUCUCAUGAAGAGAGUUAAAAUGCUAGAGUACGCUCUUAGACAAGAAAGGAAAAGACAUGCUAGUGUAACCACGACAAAUACAUCAGACGAUCCACCUGCUACUACUAUAACUACAACUACAAACCCAACAACAACUGAUAAUAAUAUACCUUCCACUAUUUCUACAACGAUGCCACCAGUCGCAUCAGCAACGACAACAACAGCAGCAGCAUCUUCACCAUCAGCACCUGCAUUCACGGAUAACAAAUUGAAAGAAAAGAGUCGCGAAGUACUGAAAUCAUGUCUCCAAGAAAUCAAUUACUUGACCUCAUUUCCAAGCAAACUUCCACUAACAAAUGCAUUGACCUCACGUUCACCCAACUCAUCAAAUGAGCGUUCAUCUUCGAUUCGUAGAGCGCCGCCUCCACCCAGCAACAGCAGUAAUCAGAACUCACCCGUGCUUUCUGCUGCAGGUUCACGCACACAGCAACGCAGUGAGAGCAAAUCAUCUUCUCCAUUAAUGUCACAAUACAAGCACAAUUCCAAAAGCAAUGGCUCGAGCCCCAUUCCCAAGAAAUCAACGCUGAGCCAGAGGGAUGAUGUGGAUGUCGAAGUUCCAGCCAACGUAGAUGAAGUAGCCAUGAUCAAUAACAUCAAGGAGGAAAAGGAACACUAUUCUGCAUCACAGGAUAGUAAAGCAUUGUCUCAGCAAAUACAAGAGAAAUUUCACUUGUCAGAGGAAAAGGUAAUGAAGUUGCUCAGGUAUGCUAGUAAAGGUGGACAAAACAAGGUGGACCACGAGCGUUUGUUAGCAGGUGAUUUCGAUCCCAACCAAAUUGGUGAUAUCGACAGCCAUCAGCAGUUACAGCCAAAGAUAUGGAAACCUAGAGUAACAAUCAAAGGGCAUCUAGACUCGAUCCGAGCUGUAGGAUUUCAUCCAAAUGAAAUGAUUGCUGCAUCAGGUUCGGACGAUGGCACUGUCAAAAUAUGGAAUCUACAGAGGGCAACUGGCAAGGACGGAAAUGCGACCAAAAAAGGCUCACAUGAGGAAGCAGACCCCAGCAUCACUUUCAGAGGACAUACCAACGUAGUGACAUCAGUGGCCAUAUCAGCCUCACAGAACAGAGUGUAUUCCGCGUCCUUGGAUUCAACCAUCAGAGUUUGGAACUUGCCUAAGGAAGAUAGAGGACCAUUCUCGCCUGUUGACCCCUCAUUGAACGUAGCGACGUACGUUGGUCAUACAGAUGCCAUUUGGGACUUUAAAUUAUCGCCAGAUAAUUACGAUGACAACCUGCUAGCAUCAGCCUCAGCAGAUGGUACCAUCAAGCUUUGGGACACACAAACAAGCGGAAACCUACUAAAGACUUCAUGGGCAUUUGAUGGUAUUUCGAAAGAGGAGGAUUCUCGCAAGAAUAGAGUUGCACCAACGUCGCUCGACUUUUGCCAAACAGACGUGAAUAAGAUUGUCGUGUCAUUUGCUAAUGCUAAAAUUCGACUAUAUGACAUUGAAACAGGACAAGUUAUCCUCACAUUUAAGGGCAGUGAUGAUUCGUAUGACAAUACAUUUGCUACACAGAUCAACCGCAUUAUAUCGCAUCCAACAAUGUCUCUCAUAGUGUCAGGGCAUGAAGAUCGACACAUACGAUUCUAUGAUUUAAAGUCAGGUGAAUGUACACAAUCCGUGUCUGGUCAUCUGGAUGCAGUUACUAGUCUGCACAUUGACUCCACUGGUAAAACCAUGGCGUCUGGUGGCCAUGAUUCCUCGAUUCGCUUAUGGAAUAUAGCGUCAAAGUCCUGCAUACAAGAAUUCUCUGCUCACCGCAAAAAGGGAGACGAAGGUGUCUUGGAUAUAAAGUUCCAUAAAUCAUUCCCCUGGAUGAUCAGUGGUGGUGCAGAUGGUAUAGUCAAAGUGUAUCAUCGCGGCUAUUAA